AUGAUCGGAACAGCACGACAAAAAGGUCAGUUGGCGCUGUAUACGUUUUCGCUAGUCGUCGCGACGUUGGGGAUCAUAGCUCGAUUAUGGGCGAGGAAGAUCACGCAGACGAGAUGGCAGGCUAAUGAUUAUCUUAUGCUUGCUGCGUAUUCCAAUGUAGUCGGUCUGGUCAUUGCCGCAAUCAUUGCGGUCGUCAAGGGUGAAUUGGGCGCUCACCAAAAAGACAUUCCAUUAGAACGACAAUUGGAACUCAUGCCCCUCAAUAUGAAGAUCGUCGUAGCCAUCCCCCCGCUCUUGAUAUCUUCCAGCAUCUUCGUAAAGAUGUCCAUCACACACUUCUACAUCGCCCUCUUCCCUCACACAGCCCUCUCCCGACUAUGUAAGAUCCAACUCGUCGCUCUGGUGAUCUCCUGGUUCGCCCUGGUGCUUCCAUGUUUCUUCGUCUGCGUCCCACUGGCAAAGAUGUGGGAUCCAACCAUCAAAGGGAAGUGCUUUGACGUCAAGAAGUUCUGGCUCGGGUCGAGUAUCAUAGCACUGUUCUUCGACCUCAGCUGCGUCGUGUUGCCCAUCCCGACUUUCUGGCGGUUGCAGACGACGACGAUGAAGAAGGUCAAAUUGACUUUCAUCUUCGGUCUCGGAUUCUUCAUAUGCAUAAUCUCCAUCUGCCGUACAAUCUACGACGAAUUCCUCUCCUUCGACGACCUCACCUGGACCGCCUCCCCGAUCAUCCUCUUCACGGUCCCGGAGCCCUCCCUCGGCAUCGUCGCCGGCUGCGUCCCCAUCACCCUCCCCCUCUUCAAAUACUUCCGCUCCUCCUUCCACAACUCCAAACUCGGCACAUUCUACACCCGCACCACCUCCCGGACCUCAACAGCCAACACAUCAUCCACCUCGCGCCGCGCCUCAAAACCCACAAGCAGCAAACCCCUCCCCGCCCUCCCAUCCUUCCGAACCCAAUUCUCCUCCACCAACACAACGACCACAACCACAACCAUCUCCAGCGCCCGCAGCGCCCGCACAAACACAACCCUCUCCCCCUGCCACGGCAAAUUCACAAAACUGCCCGACUCCCCACCCUCCCCACCAGACCUCGCCCCCCUAACCUCCGUCUACACCGUCAACACCUCCAUCGCCUCCCCGCUCACCCCCUCCCGCUCCCCCAUCGAGCGCGGCAUCGACCGCGUUCGCGAGGCGAUGUGGAACCGCGACCUCUUGCGUCCACCCCCUUCGACGACAGGGGUGGCGGAGACGUUGCAGCCGCCGCAGCCGAGGUUCAAUGAGGUGAGGAGGGGGUCGGUGGAGAAGAGUACGGUGCAUGCGGGUGAGGUGGCCGAGAGGGGGGUUAUGGGGAUUACGGUGCGGAGGGAGAUUGUGGUUAGGGUUCAUGGGGAGGGGGAUGAAGAGGGGCGGAGGAGUGAGGGGGAGAGGGAGAAGGAUGACUGGGAUGGGAGGACUUUGUCGUGA